GUUGUGAAGCAAACGGUGCCUGCCAUGCCAUAGGGUCUGUGUUCGAGACCAACUGUGUGCUGAAAGCCUGCAAGAAAAUCACAUACCCGGACCGCAGUGUUCUACAUCUGUCAGGACCCUGGCUCCACCUUCCCACUGGUCAUCGGCGGUCAUCGGUACGAGCAGUGCACGUGUAAUCUGGACAAUGGAUCCUUGCGCUACUCCUGCUCUGGCUGACCGCUCCCCCAAGUCACAGCGGCCACGUGUGACGUCACGGCUACAGACCUACCGCGUUAUGGGGUGACGUCAGAUGUCCGUGUUAAAGGCGUUGUUACAUUCCGUGAAACUUUGUUAGCUUACAGAUUGUAAGGCUGGAAUUGAACGUGCCAUUGGAAUAGGUUGGGACUCGUUUUUUCUUUAUCAUUUUCACCCUUUCAUUCUUUCUUUCUUUCUUUCUUUCUUUCUUUCUUUCUUUCUUUCUCUUUUCUUUUUUUAUUCGUUCUCUGUUUCUUUUACGUAACUUUAUUUAUAAAUGUAAUCAUUCUAUUUUUUUAAAUAUUAUUUUACUUUUAAUAUUUUGUUUUAUUUUGUCUUAUUUAGUUUUUGUGGAUGUAAAAAAUCGGAGAUUAAAAAAAAUAAAAAUCUCAGUGUACAAAGUGAAAUCUCGAUGACCCAGUGCUCAUGAACAUAUUUUUGCACCCUUUUUGACCCGUUUUUGAAGACUGAAUCAGUUGAAGUACUCCAAAAACAUGCCGUCUCUGUAAAGCAGUGACUUUUUUGCUACUGACUUUUCAAAGGCAGUUUGAAAUCAAUCCUUACUGAAUGAGAAUAGAGAAUAGAAUGGAUCUGCAGUACGCGUUUGAAGGCUGCAGUAAAAACGGCAGUUGUCACAGAAAUAAAAUUAUGGGCAUUAGUUGUCUUUCUUUUUCUCAAGAUCCCAUGCUUCAGUUUUAGUUUUAGUAAUGUUUUAGGAGCAAAACGUGCAACACAGUUAAGUCAUACACGUUCUGAAUAUUGUUCUGAAUAUCAUAGGUGUUAAUGGAGGGUAACAUACACAGAAUAGGAGGAAAAGAUAAUGACCAUAGAUGUUUGAUAGGAAAGAAGAAGCGAACCACACGAGAGCACCCACCAGCUACGAUGUUCUUUUGAAUGGCGGUGUUUUAAACGUGUCACCAAUGUGUGAAUGGAUGCAGCUCUUUGUGAUAAAAAAAAAAUGUUUUGACAAACAAAAUGGGGAAAACCAAGCAAGAAUUGAUCAAGUCAAACAACGCCAAAGCUGCAAAAUUGUGACCACUGCCUGUUCUGCCCCUGGAGUCUUCAUACGUUGAAUAAGCGACCUGUAGUAAACCGGGAUGCGAUGCUUGUUUUGAUGGGUUACUCUGUACACUUAAGACAUUUUACCCCGAACACAAGAACUCUUUCCCGACUCUUUUUCGACACCUACCUGCCUUUUGUUUGUUGCUUAAACGACUCAAAUGUGUGCGCAAUCAACGCAGCAAAUACAAUAAAUCUUGUUUCCCUGCAU